AUGAUCGAUGCGAGUGAAGCACCUGCAGCGCCUGAGCUGGAGGUGAAUGUGCGAGCCUUCGAGCUUCUGGACAAGUGGAAGAACUGCGACAGGACUUUGGGGCAAAGCCUUGUCUAUGCGCAGAACAAGCUCCGUGCAGAGAACGAAGGCUUUCCUUCCAUCAUGGAGGUCGGAAGGGGCAUGGGCUUAACGCAGCACGAAGUGGCGGCAGUUCUUGGUUGGACAACUGGGGACUUCAGAUUGAUCAAUCCUAUCGCGAGAGGGCAGGAGGAGGUCGAGUUUGAAGAUUUCCCUCGUGGUCAACGGACGAUGUGCCGCCUUUCUAGAGUCGACGUGAUGCCGUAUGUCCAGGUCCUUCAUGGUGCAGUGCAGAAGCUCCCAGCACUAUCGUCGACACAGCCACUGUAUCGCGGCCAUCGCCGCGAGGUUGCUUUGCCAGUUGGGUCUGUCGUUUUGCUGCCCGGAUUUACGAGCACAUCCUAUGACAUGGAUGGCGCCGUGGCUUUUGCGAAGCAAGCCAACCAGGGCAGGUCAGCGAAAAGGACACUACUGGUGAUCCAGGAGUCCUUCAGCGGGCGCUUGAUUGCCAAGCUGAGCGCACGCAAGUACGAGGCGGAGGUCCUCUUCCCCAUCGACACCACCUUCAAGGUCGUGGAAACCUCCACGUCUCCUGCUACAGAGGCAGCCGCAAACGCCACGGAGGAAUUGCGACGAAGCAUGAGUGAGGCAGAAAUACGAGUUGUGUGUCUUUGCGAAGUUGAAAAGCCUGAGGAUGCAAUUGUUCUUCGCCUCUGA